AUGAUGGAAAAACUGAAACCAGAACUUGGCCAUCUCAGUCCUAUGGUCAAGGAGUGCAAGUCCCCACUGCACGACAGCCUGACUACUUCCAUAGCAGGUCGUGUCAGUGGGGAGGGGGACGAGGCUGUUGGUGAGACACAGGAAAACACGACGGCAGCGUCGGAAGACUCAGCUGAGAGGAAGCGUGUCCCCAGGGAGCACUGCAACCCGACUAUAUUCAUUAAUGGCGUUGCCAAGGAAACGGCGUACCACAGCGAGCUAAAAAAGUUAGUGCCGGUUAUCGAAUUGGCCAGGGGAGGAGGGCCCGUGGAUAUAAAAGCUCGGGAGCAGACGGCAGACAUUAACCACAAGGGACAGACCACGGAGCUGUGCAGACAGCCGAUACCCCUGCCACUGGCUCCCCUGGACCCGUUGUUGAGCGAAACUCGAAUGGUGCAGUUGAGCCCGCUCGCCUUUCCUCUCCCUGCACGAGCGAUGCUGUACAGUAACUUUGCUCAACCGCUCGCCACCAUGAACAGGUAAGGCAAACUAACCCUUUGGAAAUGUAUGUCCAAAUGAUGUGCGUGGUCUUGAGAUGUUUAUGCUGUGGGUCAGCACAAUCACUGUUGGAUAUGUAUUGGAUUUAUGUAGCCUUAUCCCAAGUUUAGGCCUGAAAUGUGCAUCCCGAUUUAUUUAUGUUUUAUUAUUAUUCAUGUUAUUGUUAUUAUAGGCUAUUAAAUAAUAAUAAUAAUAAUAAUGCUAAUAAUAAUAAUGAUGAUUAUAAAAGCUUUGCGUUUUCCAUUUCUUACUUUGGCAAAUGGAAAUGUGUAGGCCUAUAUUAACUGUCAUAGUUUAGUCCAACAAAAUCACCAGUAUAAAAGUCUAUAGAUAUAUAUUUAUGUGUGGUCUAAUUCCACACUUCUACAUCUUUCUCUAGUGGCUACGGUGGCGAGACUGAGCAGUAUGCCAUGUACCCCAGCCAUCGGAUCAAACGAGGACCUGGGCCUUAUGAGAUUGAAAUCAAGGAUGAUAAUGGUAAGAGUAUUUUAGAUUUUAAUAAUUAUGUUUAGCCACACUUUGGUCUGGAUAUUGCAUCAAUCUGUCAGGGUGCAAAGGGGUAAAGGGAGCUUCGGACAAUAGUCAUUUUAAAGAGAAAAGCUGCAUCAGAGAGACUAACCAAUUGUAAAGUGCCAAGGCAUUGCAUCAAGUCUAACUGUCAUACCAUCAAACAGUGUGGUUUAACAAAGAGUGCUGACAUCUGUGUUGGUGGUCUUUAGACAGAAGGAAAGGGCAUUUAGGGAAUGGGGCAACAGGGAUGACAAACUCAGGUCCUGGAGGGCCGCAGUGCAGGCUUUUGUUCCAGCCUAGCUCUAACACAUCUGAUUCAACUAUACACACUGCUGGUGUAUGCAGACAGUGUAUUAUCAAACAUAUCAGAAAACCUAUGUUAUUUUAUUAUUAUAUUACCUAUGUAACACCCUCUCCUCCUCUCCCUGUCAGGCUCGCAGCCCAAAAUUGUGCGGCGGAUCUUCACCAACAGCCGUGAGCGUUGGCGCCAGCAGAACGUGAACGGCGCCUUCGCUGACCUCCGCCAGCUCAUCCCCACCCACCCGCCCGACAAGAAGCUCUCCAAGAACGAGAUCCUCCGACUGGCCAUGAAGUACAUCAACUUCCUGGCCAAGCUACUGGACGACCAGGAAGGUGUGGUGGGAGGCGGCGACGGCAGCGGUGUUGAGGGGGCCUGGGCCCGCGAGGGCCGUGAGGAGAGCCUGGUCCGGGAGGAGCUCCUCCAGGGCAUGCUGUCGUCAGGCAACUCGAGCUGCGGGAGUCUUCUGGGCGGGGACGGGAGUCCCGACAGCUACACCGAGGACCAGGACUCGUCUGUCGAGUCUCGAACGCCAACCUCCAGGGGUCUCCAUCCUCACUCUGGACUCCAUAUGGACGAACGCAACCACAGAUGA